AUGACACUUCAGAGUUUGUUAAAUAAUGUGUUGCCAAAAAACGGUGACUUUGAGAUAUUUCAUUUACAAAGUAACCCAUGUGAAAUAGUGCCAAUCAUUACACCAAAGAGUAAAAUAACUGGUUCAAAAGAAAAUCCGGAUUCACGGACUGUUAAAACUCAACAUUUUAUUGCACUAUCCUGUAAAAAAAAAUUUGUAUAUGCUUUGGAAAUAUUUGUUUACAUAACUGUUCAGAAUGACACAGAUAAAAAAUAUCAAAAGAUACAGCCUCCUGCUGAAAGACUGAUUUUUAUUUCAAAGGCAGAUACAAAUGGAUAUUCUGAUGUACGUUUUAGCACUAAAGAUGUUACCAGAGUAAUUUUAGAAUAUAUCUUGAAAAUUGAUCCUAACUAUUAUUUAUUAAGAGUGAAGCCUUUGAAAAGAAAGUACAAAAAAGAGGAUAAAAAAAAUUUUAUUAUCGGUAAAGAUAAAAUACAAAACAAUUUGAAAAAGCUUUCUAAGAAAGCUUUGGAUAAUACUUGUCAUAUUCUCGAUCAGGAUAUAUAUUUCUUAAAUAUCUCAUUUGCAGGUAAAUUUAUAACUAAAAUAUGUCUAUUCACAAGACCAGCAGAUCAAUAUCUAUUUCCAGGGUCCUCAAGCAAUAGAGGAAAACAUAUACUUAAUGGUAUGCAGUUGAUGAAGUGGUGGUUGCAUAUUAUUGACAAUCUUGUUGAGGAGAAAUUUGAUAGAUCAAAUAAACUUAAAGCAUGCUUAAAGAUUCCUGGGGAGGAUGUAUUAAGGGUCGGAAAACACUUUGUUGGAUGCAGGUAUCGUAAUUGGAAAUCUGGUGAUAUAUUUAGUGAUGAUCUUAAUUCUUUAGCAGCGUUUUGCAUUCCAUUAUUUCCAGAUGAUCCUAAAUCCAGAUUUUUACAUCAGUUGGUGGAGGAAAAUAGAAUAUUAGAUACCAAUUUGAGGACUUUUUGGUUUGAAUUACAAGAAAGACAAGAAUUUAAGUUAAGUGUAUUGGUAUCAGUAAUUGGAGUUGAAGGAUAUACUGUAGAAACAUCUAGUUAUUCGCCUAUUCAAGGUGAAGAUGUCAUCGUAACUUCAUCUUUGAAGCAAUUUCAUUUUUUGAAAAAUUAUAUUAGUGCCGAAGAAUAUGACACUGAAGAAGGAGCAAUAGAAUCGUAUUUUAAUGUUUCUAAAUAUCUAUCUUCUAAUUUAAACAUGAAAUUAUUAAAAUUGGUAGGUAGUGAAAAGGUUUUAGCACGAAAACAAAAUUCUAAGGUAAACUUAUUAGAGAGGGGUUCUGUGGUAACCAUAUUGACACCACGAAAGAAACAUAAACAAUAG